AUGUGGGUAAUCUCGUUGGUGCUGGCUGCACCAACUGAGGGUUCACAUAAAUAUUCUGAAGAUAUUGACUUGACAAAGUUGUAUGAACCUAAUCCACCAGUGACCCAUCGUGUUUAUAUGACUGUUGAAUAUGAAGAUCCGCUAACUGAAAAACCAAUGAGACAUAAUUUGAAUAUUGACUUGUAUGGUACCGUUGUCCCAUUAACCGUUAAGAAUUUUGCUUUCUUAGCCAAGGGUGUUAAGGCUCGUGUUGAAGGUCAAGAUCCAAACCAAAUUCAUGUUAUUACAUACAGAGAAACUCUUUUUACUAAUGUUGUCAUUGACUCCUUCAUGCAAGGUGGUAUUGUUGCUCCAGCUUAUGGUCCAUUUUCCAUUCAUGGUGGUGCUUGGGCUGAUGAAAACUUUGACUUAAAGCAUGAUAGACCAGGUAGAGUCUCUAUGGCAAACAAGGGAGAACCAGAUACCAACAACUCUGAGUUUAUCUUCGAUACCAAGACCACACCAAAUAGUGGAUUAGACAACAAGAAUGUUGUCUUCGGUCAAAUAUCUGCUGGUCUAAAGGAACUUAUAGACAUUAUUCAAUAUGUGAAGAAGGAUACUGAUGGAAGACCAUUAAAACCAUUUAAGAUUGUUUGGGCUGUCCCUGAUGAAUUCAGACUAGGUGAACAAAAGGUUGUACAUCAAAAGUAUUUAGAUGACUUGGCUGCAUUUAGAGCUGGAGACUCUUCUAAGGGUGUUACUCUAGCUGAAUCCCUGGCUCCAGUUAAGGUCUAUACAUCUAAAGAAGCUACUUCAGAUACUGUUCUAUACGACAGUUACUCUAGUUCAGCACUAAAGAAUAUUCUGAUUGUGCUUGCUGUUAUUGCUGUUUGUUUCGGUCUGUACAACUAUAAGGACGCUAUUCUAAGAAAGAAUAGUAAAAUCGUUUCCAUGAGGUAG